UCCAAAUUCUUGCCCUCAAUUAUCACUUAUCAUAUUUUUCCUCCCCCCAUUUUCUUGAUCCAUUAUUGUUUGGAACCAAAUAUUCGAUUUUUCAGAUAAUUUAAUCAGCCAAACAUGUCGCAAACAGUUGAGGAAUUUCCCAACGGUAAUGUAAUAGCCGUACAGCCGCCGCCGGAAUACGGCGCGCCGCCGUCCCAUUCUAACGGCGGCUCGUUCGGGCCGGUCUUCGCCGUCCUUGCCGUGAUCGUGGUCGUGUCGGCGGUGGCGUGUGUUCUGGGCCGGCUGUGCACCCGGCGGGGCCGCCGCGGGAAGGAGUCGAAGAAGGCGGCGAAGGUGGCGGCGGGGAAGUCCGGCGGCGGCGGAUUGGGGCCGAAGGAGUGGGAGGCGAGGCAGAAGCCGAGCUUCAACAUGAACGAUGGAGGAGAUAUCGAAUUUGGAUUUGAUUUUAAAAAAAAGAAUAAUAAUAAUAAUAAUAAUAAUAAAAAUAAUAAUUCGGCCGGAAAAGGGGGGAAGAGCGGCGCAGGGAAGGCGGCGAAGCCAAUGCCGCCGCAGUAUAACGGCGGGCAUAACCCGGAAGUUAGGUUUUCCGACGUUGUGUAGAAUCGCAUUUGUGGGGUCCGCCGCGGCGCGUGGCGGUCACGCGCUGACGAUUUCGCCCCCCUUCUGGGGGUAUACAAAUGAUUAGUAGUAGUGUGGGCGUUUUUUUUUUUUUU